GCCGCGGGCCCCAGGAGCCCAUCUCGGCCCUGCUGUGCUCCCCCUCGCCCCAGGCCCCCCGGGAGGCCGCAGUGGGGAAAAGGACGGAGCGGGUGGAGCUGCGCCCGGUGCCCGGGCCUGUGGGGCAGACACGUGGGAAAGCGGAGCAGCCUUUCAGCACCACCGCCGGCUCCGAUCAGGAAGAUCCCGAUCCGAGUGCCGGCACCCUGCGGAGCGCCAUAGACAUACCCGAGCCAGCCGCGGGAAUGCAGCUUAAUCCGAAGAAGAAACCUGCUCCAGUGAAGUAUGACGUUGGAGAUCUAGUCUGGGCUAAGUUCAACAGACGACCGUGGUGGCCCUGCACAAUCUGUCAUGAUCCAGUGCUUGACUGUCACUCAAAAAUGAAAGUUUCCAGUCGGAGACCAUAUCGAGAGUACUACGUAGAUGCCUUAGGAGACCCUUCUGAGAAAGCCUGGGUUGCAGGAAAAGCUAUUGUACUUUUUGAAGGCAGAUAUCAGUUUGAAGAGCUACCUGUCCUUCGGAGAAGAGGGAAGCAAAAAGAAAAAGGCUACAAGCACAAGGUUCCUCAAAGGUUUAUGGCGAAAUGGGAAGUCAGUGUUGGACAUGCGGAAGAAUUCCUUCUCAAGGAGACUGAGGAUCAGAAGUGUAGUCAGAAUUCCAGCAAGCUGAACAGUGAGGAUGUGCUGUUGGAAUCCUGCACUAAUGGCCCUGUAAUGGAACCUGACAGGCAGCUGAAUGGCUGUUUUAAAUCAUUGACGUUUGACUCCAAACACUUAGCCAGGGAGAAGGGAAGGUCAUGCACUAAAUCACAAGUGAAAAAGAGCUCAGAGAGCAGGAAAAGGACUAGAGUAAAAAAGAGCAGCACCAGACUGGAAGCAUCUAGGAGAGAAAUUGGAGGAAAGGCACCAGAGAACAUAGUUAGAAACAGGGUUGCUGGGGACCUGCCGGAUAAACAUGCAUCACAUGAACUUUGUCGGAUAGCAAACAGCCUAACAGCAGCCAAUGGUGCCGUGGAAAACUACUUGCUCUCUUCUUUUGGAGAGAGACGUUUUGAAAAGACAGCUUUGAAAGAGGAGUAUCAGGCUCCUCAUGGUGACUCUCUGCGGAACACACUGAGAGUGGAUUUGCUUUCUAGCAGCUCUGCAGAGAGAGGGAAAAGCCCUGUAGGCCUUCUUUGCAGUUCCAAAUUACAGGUACACUAUUCUGCAGCUGACACUUCUCUUGAGGAGAAAAAGCAAAGGGAGUCAGAUUCGCUGACUUCCUUCUCAGAUGAUGGGACUAGUGAUCUAGAUACCGGGGACCAAAGUUCUGAGGCAGCCUGCAGUGCUCUGGAGAUUAGUGACUCUGCAGAUAAAGAAGAAAAGGAAUUCUGUACAGGGAUGAGGGGAAACAGUAAAUGUUCCAUGUAUCUCUCUCAAAACAGCAACAGAAGAGCUAGGAAAAGGUCAUCUAGAGAUCACAGAACUCCAGCAGGCCCUGUUGGUGGCAGAAGUGAUGCUGAAUCUGUGGAUGGGGAGCUCCAAGAAGCAGCCUCGGACACUGAGACGCCUGUUAUUGCUCUAGAGUGUACUUCAGCUAUGAGAAAUGACCAUCUUUCCCUUGCAGAUAAGCACCCUACGCCCCAGAAUGUUUGUCGGGAGAGCUCCCACACUGGGAUUACAAAUCAACUGAAUCUACACCUGAAAAACCUCAAAGUGCCCCGGCUCAUAAGUAUAAGAAGCAAACACAAGGAGAAUGCUGCUGGGACAGAACCCCCUCUCCUAGAAGAGGAAUGUGGUGUGAAUUGCUGCUCUUCUGACACCAAAGGUUUCACUGGUCCACCCACCAAGAGUGGGAAAGUUGAUAGUCAGGAACCAUUAAAUAAUGUGCAUGAGAGAGCCAGGGAUUCUGCCGAAAUAGAGACUGCUGUGGUGAAGCAUGUCCUCUCAGAGCUGAAGGAACUGUCCUUUAGGUCCCUUGGUGAUGAAGCUAGUGGCUAUGGGGCACCUAAGACCACAGCACCCUUACUCUUCUCUUCUGCCUCUGGGCAGAGUUGUUUGCCCAUUGAGCCAGACUACAAAUUCAGCACCUUGCUAAUGAUGUUGAAAGAUAUGCAUGAUAGUAAGACAAAAGAGCAGCAGCUGAUGUCAUCUCAGAAUAUGGUCCCGUAUCGAAAUGCUGGCAUGAGCAGUUCCUCUGGAAGUAAUUCUGCAAGUGGCUUGAAGGCUUUGGUUACAAAAGGACCCACUUAUAAAUCAGAACAAAAUGGGGAUUGCGUUCUGGAAUCAACGUGUCAGAACCCCAGUGCGAGUGAAUCCUCUCUUUGGUGCAGCACUACAGCCAAGAUAACUGGGCAGAGUAGUAACAAAAGGGAGCCCACAGAUCCUGCUCUUUCCAGUACGAAUGGCACAAACUGCAUCUCAAGACACAACUGUUCACAAUCUAAGCAGUCAUCCAAACUAGCAGAUAAUGCAACAUCAGUCAGAAAGGAUUUAAAACUAGAAGGGCUGAGCAAGCUUCUAAAUCAGGUCUCCAGUAAUAUAGCAGAGAAAGCAUCCCUCCCGUGCAGGGAUAUGCAGGGAUUGGUUACUAGUCUUGUUUAUAAUGAAAUAGAAGAAACUGCAAGGAAAGAGUCUCUUGAGUUAAUGGAACACUCCACUGAUGAAGACUCUGCAUGUUCAUCUGAUGACAAUUUAGAUCAUGUCAGGAAGAGGCCUGAACCUGAUAAAAAUACUGAAUGUUACACUUCUGCUGAAAAUGCAUAUUCGGAAAAGAAACGCCUUAGAAAGCCGAGCAAACGGCUUCUGGAAUAUGCAGAAGAAUAUGAUCAGAUAUUUGCACCUAAGAAAAAAUCAAAGAAGGGCCAGGAGCAAUUGCAAAGGGUGAGUUCCCAGGAGAGGUCUGAGUUCAAGGGAGGGGAAAGGCUUCAAUCACGAUGCAGGCGUGGAAGUGAUCUCCGAAAUGUGCAGCUGGAGCGGAACCCUCCGGUGUCAACUCCAUCUUCCUCUUCAACCAAAGAUGCUCCUCCAGUUCUUGAAGCAGAACAUUUGCUGUUAGAAGAGCCAGUGUCCCAUUCCUCUGAGCCCACUGACCUACUCGUAGAUGGACAUUCAGACUUGCCGGAGCUAAUGUUAUCUUCCCCUGAUGUGUCUGAAGUUUCUGCUUGUUCUCUGGAGGCAGAGGAACGUUUCCUGAAAUCAGGGAACUUGGAGAGGAAGCGUCAGAGGAAGCCAACCAAGAAGCUCUUGGAAUCCAAUGAUUUGGAUGCUGUGUUUAUACCAAAGAAGGAGGGGUGGACUCCUCCAAAGAAGUGUUUUGAUGCUGGCCCUCUGGAGAGUGACCUUUCUGAAUUUUAUGCCACACCCCAGUUUUUGGAUCUCAGAGAAGCUCUUGACAGAGUCCCUGAGAAGCAGAGAAAGCGCAAGAGACAGCGAUACUCCCCAUCCACAGCGCAGUACAAGAAAGGGAGGAGUGAAGAUGCACUGGGGGAAGCUCCCAGUUCUGAGGGGGAGAUACCUAUCCAUGGGAGUGCUACAAGCCCCAAGGAGCUCAAUGAGGAUGGGUCUGAGAAUGACCAUGGAGUGCCUUCAUCCAAAAGGAUGCAGGGGGAGCGAGGAGGAGGAGCAGCCCUCAAGGAGAAUGUUUGUCAGAUCUGUGAGAAGCCGGGGGAGUUGUUGCUGUGUGAAGCGCAGUGCUGUGGUGCUUUUCACCUGCGGUGCCUCGGGCUCUCAGAAAUGCCAAAGGGCAAGUUUAUCUGCAAUGAGUGUUCAACAGGCGUCCACACCUGCUUUGUGUGCAAGAGCAGUGGGGAGGACGUGAGGCGAUGCUUGCUCCCCUUGUGUGGGAAGUACUACCAUGAAGAGUGUGUGCAGAAGUACCCACCCACAGUCAUGCAGAACAAGGGCUUUCGAUGCUCACUGCACAUCUGUAUGACUUGUCAUGCCGCUAACCCAGCAAACCUUUCUGCAUCUAAAGGUCGCUUGAUGCGCUGUGUUCGGUGUCCGGUGGCAUACCACGCCAAUGACUUCUGUCUGGCUGCGGGGACCGUGAUCCUCGCCUCCAACAGCAUCAUCUGCCCCAAUCACUUCUCUCCACGGAGGGGCUGCAGAAACCAUGAGCACGUCAAUGUCAGCUGGUGCUUUGUCUGCUCAGAAGGGGGCAGCCUUCUGUGCUGUGAGUCUUGCCCAGCUGCUUUUCACCGCGAGUGUCUGAACAUCGAGAUGCCGGAGGGAAGCUGGUACUGUAACGACUGCAAAGCUGGCAAGAAACCCCAUUACAAGGAGGUGGUCUGGGUAAAAGUUGGGCGCUACAGGUGGUGGCCAGCUGAGGUUUGCCAUCCUAGAACUAUUCCUGUAAAUAUCCAAAAGAUGAAACAUGACAUUGGCGAGUUUCCUGUGCUGUUUUUUGGGUCCAAUGAUUACCUCUGGACGCACCAGGCUCGGGUGUUUCCCUACAUGGAAGGCGACGUGAGCAGCAAGGACAAGAUGGGCAAGGGAGUGGAUGGCAUUUAUAAGAAAGCUCUGCAGGAAGCGGCUGUGAGGUUUGAAGAGCUGAAGGCACAGAAAGAACUGAGGCAGCUGCAGGAAGACAGGAAGAACGAUAAGAAGCCUCCUCCCUACAAACAUAUCAAGGUAAACAGACCAGUGGGCAAGGUGCAGAUCUUCACAGCAGACCUGUCUGAGAUACCACGGUGCAACUGCAAACACACAGAUGAAAACCCCUGUGGUCUGGACUCAGAGUGCAUCAAUCGCAUGCUGCUGUAUGAGUGCCAUCCCCUGGUCUGUCCGGCUGGGGAGCGCUGUCAGAACCAGUGCUUCUCCAAGAGGCAGUACCCAGAGGUAGAAAUCUUCCGCACGCUGGCACGAGGCUGGGGCUUGCAAGCCAAAAGGGACAUUAAAAAGGGUGAGUUUGUUAACGAAUACGUGGGAGAGCUGAUUGAUGAGGAGGAGUGUCGGGCACGAAUCCGCUACGCACAGGAGCAUGACAUUACCAACUUCUAUAUGCUGACUUUGGACAAGGAUCGAAUCAUCGAUGCUGGACCGAAGGGCAAUUACGCUCGAUUUAUGAACCAUUGCUGCCAGCCCAACUGUGAGACUCAGAAAUGGUCCGUGAAUGGCGAUACGCGGGUUGGGCUCUUUGCUCUUGUCAAUAUCAAAGCUGGAACUGAGCUGACUUUCAACUACAACCUGGAAUGUCUGGGGAAUGGAAAGACAGUUUGCAAAUGUGGCGCUCCAAAUUGCAGCGGGUUCCUAGGAGUACGGCCAAAGAAUCCCCCUAACCUGACAGAGGAGAAGUCCAAGAAGUUCAAAAGACGGCAGCAGAUGAAGCGCAGGUCACAGGCAGAGAUCAUGAAAGAGCGAGAGGAUGAGUGCUUCAGCUGUGGAGACGGAGGGCAGCUAGUUUCGUGUAAGAAGACAGGCUGCCCAAAAGUGUACCAUGCAGACUGCCUUAAUCUGACCAAACGGCCAGCAGGGAAGUGGGAGUGCCCUUGGCAUCAGUGUGAUGUGUGUGGCAAAGAAGCAGCUUCCUUCUGUGAGAUGUGUCCCAGCUCCUUCUGCAAGCAGCACCGGGAGGGCAUGCUCUUUAUCUCCAAAUUGGAUGGACGCUUAUCAUGCACAGAGCAUGAUCCCUGCGGACCCAACCCUCUAGAGCCAGGGGAAAUUCGUGAGUAUGUGCCUCCCACAGUCCCGCCGGCUAACCGUCAAAACACUCAACCCUCUGACCACCAUCCUGCAGUCCUGGGCCUCAGGCAUUCCCCUUCUGACAGGCUGCCUCUGGCUGUGGCCCUGCGGCUGCAGCCGUCGGACAAGCCCUGCUCCGCCGUGGCCCUGCGGCUGCAGCCGUCGGAAAAGCCCUGCUCCGCCGUGGCUCUGCGGUUGCAGCCGUCGGACAAGCCCUGCUCUGCCCUGGCUCUGCGGCUGCAGCCGUCGGACAAGCCCUGCUCUGCCCUGGCUCUGCGGCUGCAGCCGUCGGACAAGCCCUGCUCUGCCCUGGCUCUGCGGCUGCAGCCGUCGGACAAGCCCUGCUCUGCCCUGGCUCUGCGGCUGCAGCCGUCGGACAAGCCCUGCUCUGCCCUGGCUCUGCGGCUGCAGCCGUCGGACAAGCCCUGCUCUGCCCUGGCUCUGCGGCUGCAGCCGUCGGACAAGCCCUGCUCCGCUGUGGCCUUGAGGCUGCAGCCGUCGGACAAGACCUGCUCUGCCGUGGCCCUGAGGUUACAGUCAGAUAAACAACCCACCAUUGUAUCUCUGAGGCUUCAGCAGUCGGACAAGCCUCUUGCCACCACCACAGGCCAGCAGCCUCUGCGCUCAGAUGAGUCUCCUUCCGCUGCUGGAGCUCCGUCGCCUCCUCCUGCAGAUGAGUCUCCAACCAAGGACCUGCAUCCUCUUCCCUCAGACGAGUCCCCCGCUGCUACCCAGGCUCAGUGGCCUCAGCUGUUGGACGAGUCUCCCGCCCUCGCUAGGGUCCCACGGCCUCAGCUGAUGGACAAGUCUCCCAUCAAGGCUCGGCAGCCCCUGCUGUCAGAUGAGGCUUCCGCCGCCGGGGCCCCGCAGCGUCAGGCGUUGGACAGGCCUUCCACAGCUCCAGGGCUGCUGCUGUCUGAGAAAGCACUGAGGCCCGGGGAUCAGAAUGCUCAGCCAAAAGAGAGGGGAGCCACAGCGGUGGAGCGAACUUGUUUACCUGAGGAGCAGACCCCUCUGCUUGCAGGGAAGGCAGUGACACACAUGGUGCAGGCACCUUGGCCCAUGGAGAAAUUGCAGACAUAUGAGCCACCCCACUGGCCCACUGUGGAAGCACUGAUGCCUGCAGAGCAGUCCCCUCGCACCACAGAGAAAUUACAGACAGCUGAGCCGCCGACUCAGGCUGACCGGGAAGUGGCAUCAGCACCCACAGAGCAGAGACCUUGGACCGCAGAGAGGUUACGUACAUUUGAACAGACCCCCCGGCCUGCCAGAGAAGCACCAGUGCCCCCAGAGCAGGCUUCAUGGCUUGCCAGGAACAUUCAGACAUUUGAGCAGAUCCCUUGGCUCUCUGGAAAAGCACAGACACCCCUGGGGCAGGCCCCUUUGCCUGAGCAAAACAUAGUGCUAGUCCGUAACCAGGAUUCUCCCAGUCAGGAAUUGGCUGAAUCGAAACCGAAGUGAAGUCAAUGAAUGAGGCAGGCAGGUUGCAGUCGGUUUGUUUGGGGAGAGGGAUUUUCUUUGUUUUGUUUGUUCACAUCCCUGAGCCCAGCCUCGAGCCCAGGCGCUCUCAUGACAUAAGCAAGGACGUUUAGCUAAACCGGAAUAUGGCCCAGCCACAGAAAGUGAGCAGCAGCGACCUUUUCCUCUUCCUUUUAGAAACGGUAACGUUGAAAUAAAGAGUCCACUCCAGAUAAAAUCUCUAAUUCCAUUGAAAUGGUCACGUUACUGAUCUAACGCGUCUGCAUGCGAGGUCUGCAUCCACAAGGGGUUUCCAAAACAGCUAAAUGGCCUUGAGGAAGCAAUUUUCUUUCUCUUAACUGUUCUUAAUGGAAGCAGAACAACUAGUCUGAACUGGGAUCUCAGAUGUUUCAAAUGAUUAAUGGUGCACAGAGUAAUUGGACAUAUGUCUUUGCUAGACUCUGAAGAGGGGAAGGGAUUUAGCACUUGUGCUGCCCAAUUCUCCUUCCCCACAGGGUUUUCCUUUGCAAGUGUUUGCCUGAGUAUGCACAUUGGUAUUUGUCACCAGUGCAAGGCUCACCAAAACACAGGUGCUGUUGUAAAAUGGCAGAGUCCUGUGGACUUAGUGGAGGAGCCUGCUCCUGCCAGACUGUACAGUUCAUUCCAGUGUGAGCAAGAGAACUGCUCCUGCGCAGGCCCUGUGAUUGGGGGUAGGGGGAGAAGGUUUCUGAAGAUACCGUCUGCCAGGAUUCUCACUCUUGGAUCUUAGCUCUGUAACGUGGGACAGGCGGAAUUUCCACUGCACAUACAAAGCUGUGAGCUCUGGAGGCAGCUGUAGCAGGGUGGAGCAUGAGUAAGGCCCCUACUGGAUGCGGAACACUGCCUUUGACAGGGUAGAGAUGCUGCCCUCUGAACGCCCCAGGCAGUUCCUUCUCCACCUUUGGUUGUUACCAUGAACUAGCAAACUAAAUAGUCUCUUCCUCCCCCAUCUCAACCACAUGCUUAGGAGUCCUGUUUGCAGAGUGGCUGGUAGCCUAGCAGAGUGAAUUCUGUGGAAUUCACUCCAUAGUGCAGAGUCAAGAAGCUACUUCAGAAGGCAUGCUGUAUCCAGAAUGGAAGACCAUGUCAACACCCUUCCCUUUGGUUAGCCUCUGUAUUUCCAGCCAAAAAUCCCCACAGGAGACUUGAAUUACCUGGACUAUGUUGAAGUGUCUGUGUGUCAGAAAACCAGCCCCUCAAGAUAAUAGUUCUCACACUGGAACACAAUGGCUCUAGCACCUGGCUGGCCUCUCUCUCCUCUUUCUCUCUCUCCCCCUUUUCCACUAGUGGUAGCUAUGCCUGGUGACUUGCCAGGCUGGUAUUUUGAGUAGACCUGAUGGAGGCAGUGACCUUACCUGCCUGCUAAGGCAGAAAUACUCUCUGCUGUGGCAUUGAUAUGGUAGAAUUACAGGCAGGGACUUAGGCAGUGACGCUUGUGACCUGCGAAGGAGUAGCCGGGCAGUCUGCGUUCAUGCUGCCUACAGUCAAUGCAGUGUGCUAUGCCAUCGGGAAGCACUGUCUGAUCAGUACUGUCUCCCAACUCAUUACCUACGUGGCACGCCUGAGCUCCACUGACCUGGGCAGCAGGAGUCCAGCUUCAGCCUGUGUCCCCCAUUGUUUCAGAGCGAGCGGUAGGUCUCUCCCCAGAGGGGGAGAGCCUUAGUUCUAUACUAGCCUCUUUCCUCUGACUCAGGAACAGGUCAGGGCUGGCGUUCAGCUCGCGUGUUCUCACUGCUCCGAGAGAGCAAUAAUUAGCUUUGCGGGUUUCUGUGAUAGGGAGAGAGAUCUCUGUAACAAGGCAAAUCCUGCUCCAUUCUCCUUUCCAAACUCAGCUCCCCAAGAGAGUGUCCCCUCUGGGCAGUGCUGUCGUGUGUCUCUUCUCCAGUCUGAAUCGUGUCAGACCCCUCAGUGUAGCUUGUGACUUGGAGAAGCUUUAUGGCUUAUGGAAUCAUAGUGUGUGUGCUGUUUUUCCGUGAAGACCUGCAGGUCGGUCCCUGAUCUCUGCUGAGCUGGGGGAGAUGCAAGCAGCUAUUGUUUUGCGUGUGCACAAGGGGAAUCAGGAUGUCUCCUCAGAGCCAUUGAGAGAGGAUAAACUAAGGGCAUUUUAUUAAGUUUUUAAAAUAAAAACAAAAUUACAAAAAAAAACGGUAAUGAGGUUCCGUAUGUUAAGUAUUUAUCAUGUGUGAGAAGGAAAAUAAAUCUCUAAUUGACAUUGAUAGCCCUUCCCAUGAGCUGGACUUCAUCAUGUAGAUUGUGUGAGUAGAGUGUCCUCUGUGCCAGCCGCCCAGCCAGAGGAGCUAGAACAAGAAAAGACAUCUGCACUGCUUUGUCCAACUCUGUUUUGCAAUGUCAUAUGUUACCUAGUUAUUUGUUUCAUGAAAAAUAAACUGUGAAUAUUUUUGGUGCAGGCUAUUUUAAGUCUUUACAAUGGAGAAGUUCUCAGUGAGUGCAGGUUUGAAGAAUCAUUCUCAUAAAUCAUGUGUUUAAAUCUAGGGUGAGGUUCACAGCAGCAGAAUCCCUCCAGCACUCUCAGCAGUUAUUUAGGAGCUCCCAUUUGAAUAGUGAAAGUAGAUUGAGACAUUGCAUGACAUUUUAAGCCCACAGCCUUACACCACUCACUUGACUACACCACUAUUUCUCUUCUCUUCUCCCUCCAGACCUUUUCUGUACAGAUCCAGUUUUCCAGUCCACCCAUCUUCCAACUGACACGUUUCACAGAGCUGACUUUAGAAUAGCUGUGCACCUGCUUGGGUAAAUACGAAUCUGCACUGGGAAAUAUCACUUACAGGCAGUGUUUGUGUCAGUUUAGAAGUUAAUACAAAUAAACACUCUUACACCGAGAGAGUUAGGAGAAGUGAAGAAACCAGGAAGCAGUUGUUCUGUAUCAGGUGGAAGGGGCUGUGCAGUUAGUGGGAUCUUCCUCUCUGCAUGGGGCUGAACUCCCCGGGAGCGGGAUGUGCCCCGGCCCCUCGCUAGCGAGCUGCAGAGCACUGAAGAACCGUGGCUGGGUGGCCACUUCUGUGUUAUCCCAGGCUAGAGGAGGGAUGGGAACAUCUCUGUAAGUUAAUAUGAUGGAGAAGAAAUUAACAGCUUUAUGUCCGAACCCUGUUGGCAACCUCGGCAAACAGGCCAUGGCCUGAAGGGAUCUCUGAGACAGAAUGCUCUCUUGCCUCUAGAUGCGAUCCCUGAGACAUGCUCUGCUGGAACCAAGGCUGCUUCUAUCUGGGGAGGACUAAAGUGACUUCAGCCUCAGGGUCAGACUGGCACACUGUCUGCCUGGUAAAUCCACAUGAAAGGAAACAAAAUUGAAUUCCACUGUUUGAGAUUGUGGCAGCCAGCUGCAUCUGCUGACUUGGAUGCCAGAGGAGACAUUUGUAUUGGGGCAGUUUAAAUGCCAUUUAUUUCCUUUGCUACCUUUUAGAAUUUGCAUCAGUAAUUCAAGUCACUGGAUUCUUUAUAUAGAAAAUAGCGUUGCAAACAUGUUAGUGCUCCUGUAGGAUAGUAGAGAGAGAAACAGUGAGCUCUGCCAAGAUCAAAUGAUUAAUGGAGAAAGAGAGACUCAGGGUGCAUCUACACUAGAGCCAUCGGUACCAGGUAGAGGGGCUGCAGGUAAGGUGGAGUUAAGAUUUGGACUUACAGCAGGAAUUCACCCUCAUUGUUGAGGACAAACGCAUUCUACAUAACAAAGAGGCAUCAGACAUUUUUCCCCCCAAAUUGUCUCAGCUGAGGUGUUGCUGCAAGAGGUGGCUCCUGAGUAGAUCUAGUGCCAGGGGCGGUUUUUGGAAAGAAGAGUUUCAGGUUAAGAGACGUGUUUUCUGUCUGCUCGUAACUGAAAGUUUCCCCUUUGAGAGAUGCUGAAGAAGGUUCAUAGAAACCCUCCAGUCAGUAAAAGCCCUCUUGCAAAAUAGCUGCAGGCUCCCAUUGUUCUCCAAGGGACUGAGGUCAUUAGCUGCCUUUAGCAAGAUGGUCGUCACCUCUACUUAUCUGCUCCUCUCAGUCCCCUGACUGCAUAGAGCCAUUGCCUCCCAUGAGGACUUCACCUGUGGCCUCGGUGCCACUCAGAGCGAUGGCAGCGGUGAUGAGGAGGCCAGUGGGUGAGUGUGCCUGUUUGGAAGGGCAGCCUUUGGUGAGCUUCUCUGUAGGAUAAGAUGCUGUGCACCAGCCUCUUGCUGCUGGAGAAAACACUCGGUACGUCUUUGUGGUCUGGCCCUGGAGUGCACAUGUUCCAAGCAUUCAGGACCAGAAAUGCUUCAAUAGCCGUGUCCGUUGGUCCAUAUCUGUGCUCUGCUAUGAACUGAGGGCAUAUAAGUGACAGUGCAGAUCAGCUGCCUCUCCAGUUCCUUGCUACCGCUCGCAUUUUGGGACAGGCCCUCUUGUCUUUGUUAGUCUCUUAGCCUCAGUAAACAUUAAACAUAGUUUUAAUGGUUUAUUGGUUAUGUGGCUCCUUUCAUUAGUUAGCUAGGGCUUUUCAAGUAGCUGUUAGUGGGGGCAGGAGGUUCCCUCCACUUUAUUCCCCCUACGUCAGAGGCAUUUGCACCCAAGACCCCAGGUUUCAAGCACUGUGUUGCAUGCCAAGUCUUCCUGUUGACCAGUGCUCACAAGACCUGUCUCUGCUGCCUCCGGGAAUCUCACAUCCCAUCGAAGUGUGAGAUCUGCUUCUCUUUCCUCUUCCCCUUGUGCUGGGCAGUCCCGGCAACUCAGACUCCGCAGGCACUGAUAGAGCUCUCCAGCAGACCUGAGGAUGCAUGAAGAGGGUAGAGAAAGACACACUCCUCAGAAGACUGACAAGUCCUCUCAUAAGUCGUCAAAGAAGGGGAUGCUGAGUGAGAAUCCAGCCCUCGGGGCUGAGUGAGAAUCCAAGCCCCGGACCAGGGGCACCAAGAGUUCACAAGGAGCAAGAGCCAGCACUGGCGGUACCAGGAGAUUCCAGCGCUCUAAAACCCACUUCAAAGCGCUCUCUAUAAAUGGGGCCAUCUUUGGCCUGCUGAAAACCUUUGGCACAAUCCAGCCACCUUCCAGGCUGUCCCAGAUAAAGAAAAGCUUGUAACCGGGUCAUCUCUGCAGGCAUCCCUGAAUGCAGUGAACAUGGCUUCCUGCUCUGUGGCUGCCUCGAUCAUGAGAUGGGCAUCAUGGCUGCAGGCGUCGGGUCUCCCUGAGGAGAUUCAAGCCACUCUGGAAGAUCUAUCAUUUGGGGGCAUGUGAUGGUUUGGAUCACAGAACCCCCUUGGGAGCUGCCACCCGAUGUGCCAUGACUACCUCUGCUCCUGCUUUCCCUGCCAGCUCAGGACUCCAGCACCCUGUCUUGCUGAGCCAGACGUCUCUCAGUAAGUCUGGUCAUCGUGGGGACAGUCGAGAGCCUCGCACCUCCAGUGCUUGUCUGUCCAGUCUCCCCACUCCUUUUGGUGGCCAUCUAACCUGUUUUCUUCUGAUAUUGCAACAUUUAACUUCUGACAGAUGGCCCUUUGGCAUCAUCUCAGCCAGCUACACAAUCCAGUCCCUUGUCCCUUCUGCAAAAUCCCCAUCCUCAUCCCUCUUCAGGGUCCCCUCUCACCAGGCGCUCUUCAAACAGAAGUGGAAUCCCCAAUCCAACUAGAAGCAACAGAACUGGUACCUGCUCAAUGCCAGGGAAAGGGCGUUUACUCCAGAUACUUCCUGAUCCCCAAAAGGAAGAGGGGCAGGGACCCAUCCUGGACUCUGGCAGCUGCCGUUCAGCAGUCCAGAUGAUGACGUGGAUUUAAAGGAUGCCUUUUCACGUACAUGCAGACAGGAAACUCCUGCGUUCCAUGGUGGGGUCAGAGCACUUCCAGUACCUGGUGCCCCCCUGGGGCCUUUUGGCAGCUUUUACGAAAGUCCUGACAGGAGUGCAGCACACCUACACCAUCACUGCUACCACGCACAUCCCUGUCUAGGUGACUGGCUCCUCAAGGGAUGAUUGUAUCAGGCAGUGCAUACAGCAUUCGCUGCCUUGCUUGACCUGUGCCUCUCCUUGGCACUUCAGGUAAACCCAAGAAAGUCCAUUUAACCCCCACGACUGCAGAAUUUAUUGGAGGUGUUCUUGACUUGCUUGCACCCAGAAUUUACUUACCACAGGACAGAUUCCUAACAAUGAGAGACCUCAGUAUCCAACUUCUAAGUCAU